CCAGUUGUCCCAGCUCCACAGGAACUCAGAAAACCCUGUGUGUGUGUGUGUCGUCUCACUCUCAUCAGCGUCUGAGAAGAAAACAUGGGUAGACAGAAGGUGUAUUUGGACAAACUGGCCCGGUUCUUCCAGAUCCGUAACCUGCUGCUUCGUCAGGCCCUGGCAGAGUGUCUUGGUACUCUCAUCCUUGUGAUGUUUGGCUGUGGUGCUGUGGCCCAGCUGGUACUGAGCGGCGGUUCCCAUGGCAUGUUCCUCACUGUCAACUUUGCCUUUGGCUUUGCAGCCACCUUAGGGAUCCUGGUGUGUGGCCAGGUAUCAGGUGGCCAUCUGAACCCUGCAGUGACCUUUGCCCUUUGUCUGCUUGGAAGAGAGCGCUGGAGGAAGUUCCCCAUGUACUUCCUCUUUCAGACCAUUGGCGCUUUUUUCGGUGCUGCCAUCAUUUUUGGCAUGUACUACGAUGCCCUGUGGGACCAUCCUGGGAAUUUCAACGUGACUGGUCCUAAGGCAACAGCUGGCAUCUUUGCUACCUACCCUGGAAAGCAUCUCACUAUUGUCAAUGGCUUCUUUGAUCAGAUUAUUGGCACAGCAGCCCUGAUAGUUUGUAUUCUGGCUAUUGUGGAUCCAUACAACAACCCCAUCCCCCAGGGACUGGAGGCUUUCACUGUGGGGUUUGUGGUUCUGGUCAUUGGGCUGUCUAUGGGAUUUAAUUCUGGCUAUGCUGUCAAUCCUGCCAGAGACCUCGGACCACGUAUUUUCACUGCCAUGGCUGGAUGGGGUGUUGACGUUUUUACGGUUAGAAAUGGCUGGUUCCUCGUGCCUAUUUUUGCCCCGUUCCUCGGUACCAUCAUUGGCGUGAUGGUCUACCAAUUGAUGGUUGGUUUCCAUGUGGAGGGAGAAGUACGCGACCAGAAAGAGGGCACAGAGCAGGAGAACGUCCGACUGACCAAUGUCCACUCCAACAAUGACUCAAAAGAGGCCAGCAAAGAAAUGCACUGAGCCUGUCAGAGAUAUGCAGCUAGUCACUCUGAAACAUGCACUUGUAAAUAUUGUCACACCGGCCUUUUUCCCUUCCUGCCACAGCUAUGUUUUUUAAAGCAUUGUCACGGCUGUUGGCAUAUCUCCCAAGAUAGUUGUGUGUUUGUGAAAUCAGGCCACUUCCUUUAUAUUAUCAUGUGAUUGUAUUAUACUGUAGAGGAAUGAUUGUGUGUGAGUAGAAACACAACUUCAGAAACACAGAAUUACAUUAAUUCUUUUAAGAGAUGAACAUUUGGAUCUUAGUGUCUAUAGCACUCUAGAUUUAACAGUAUUGUAUACUUCAUACCAGUGUAGUUUUAUGUACCUUUGUUUUUUUUAAAAAUAUAUAUAAAGUUUGGCACACUUUAUAAACAGUAGCUGUAUUUAGACAGAUGUGGGUGUUUGCCAACACAUUACUGUGCAUUUUCUCAGUCCAGAUCUUUUCAAUGUUAAUAUCUUAAUUCAGGGAAAUUGUCAAGAAGUUGGGAAAUUCAAAUUUCAAACAUUAACUUAAAUGUUCAAAUAUCUGUCAGUACAUAUCUAUCUAACAGGAUUACUGUGUAUUUCACUUUUUCGCAGCAAGUGACAUCAUUUUGUGUAGACUACAUCAACUGUCUGACAGACAGUGGUUAGACUAUAACCUUCCCACAGCAUUCUUCACUUCACCACUGCUGUCUUAGACCAGCUGUAUUAAAGCUGCUGUCUUUUUAUAGACAGCCGCUACUUCUGGAAAAAUGUUUGAACCAAUAAUUCCAAAUUGACCAUUUACCCUUUGUAUGAGUUAAAUCAGAAGCUAUUAUAUCCUUCUAAUCUAAUGCUUGAAAUUUAUGUUAAACCACAGCUGUUUGCUUCUGCGUACAGAAACAUAUUAACUAUUAAUCCUACGUUCAUCUAUACCUGCUGAUGUGUUGUCUGAUGUGUAUCCACAGUUGGGUGUGAGACUGGACUGUGAGUGUUUGUAUUUUGUAUGUAGGUUGAGAGGAAAUGCUUUUGUACCGAUACAAUAAAGUUCUGUUUUUUAUUGUUGCAUGAA